GAUUUAUUGUUAACCACUAAUUACUUUUAUUCCAUUACAUAUGUUAAAUAUUAAUCUUUUAUAUAUCUGUAUAAUUGGUACACAGUUAUGGCACUAUCUGAGGAAAAGAGAAUACUAUUACGUUUGUUUCUCUUCUGGAUGAGCAUGACUGAGGCAGUGUAUGCGUUUUGUAUUUGUAUGUGUAUGACUAUCAUACUAAGGAGACGAAGAAUCAGACAUAUACCUUACAAAAUGGAUUUUAUUGCUAAGAGAUCUUACCUAAAGAGAAUGAUGUCUAGCAGUGAUGUAGCCUGUUACAACUUACUUAGAAUGCAUAGAUCAACAUUUGAUAAGUUGUGUUCUAUGCUAACGGAUGUGGGUGGUCUUAAACCUAGUAAGAACAUGCUUGUAGAUGAACAAGUUGCCAUGUUUUUACACAUACUAGCACAUCAUGUGAAGAAUAGAGUAAUACAACAUAACUUUGGUAGAUCGGGAGAAACUAUUAGUAGGCAUUUCAACUCAGUACUUACUAGUAUGAUGAGACUUGGAGAUAUGUUGUUGAAGAAACCAGAGCCAGUGGCUGAUGACUCUAGCGACGAAAGGUGGAAGUGGUUUAAGAAUUGUUUAGGCGCCUUGGAUGGAACUCACAUCAAGUUAAGAGUUCCUUCUCUUGACAAGGCAAGAUACCGGAAUAGGAAAGGAGAGAUAACUACAAAUGUGUUGGGUGUUUGCUCACAAGAUGGUUUCUUUAUAUAUGUUUUGCCUGGGUGGGAAGGGUCCGCAGCAGAUGGACGGGUUCUUCGUGAUGCCAUAAGUAGAAGGAAUGGCUUGAGGGUUCCACAAGGUCACUAUUACUUGGUUGAUGCUGGGUACACCAACUGUAAGGGAUUUCUUGCACCGUAUAGAGGGCAAAGAUACCACUUAAGUGAAUGGAGAGAAGGGCGACAUCCUAGAAGUGCACAAGAGUGCUUUAAUAUGAGACACUCUUCUGCACGAAAUGUAAUUGAGCGGUGUUUUGGUAUUUUGAAAUUAAGGUGGGCUAUACUAAGAAGCGCAUCUUUUUAUCCCAUUCGAACACAUAACCGAGUUAUAAUUGCUUGUUGCCUCCUACACAACUUAAUUCGUCAAGAAGGUGUAGAUCCACUUGAAAAUGAAGUUCCAGAAAUGGGUGUUGAUAUGGACGGGAUGGAAAACACCCCAAUUCAAAACAUGGAUGCUUCUGAUGAAUGGGCUACCUUUAGGGAUACUCUUGCUAAUGAAAUGUUCACCACUUUUUCUUCUAAUAGGAUAUCUAGAUGAAUUAGUUAUUUCAUUUAAACAUUAUUGUUUGUUUGAAUAUGUUAAUUUUCUUUGUUUCUUUGAGUGUGGUGUAUGGUAUGAUAGAACAUGUAUUAUUGUUAUGUCCUUAAUAAUAAUAUAUUGUCAUAUUGUCUUAUUGUUAUUUAACCUCUUCUCAAGUUCUAACAUUUUCUUCUUCUAGCUGAACAAACAUGU